AUGCAAUUGAUCCACGGUUACGAUGCGCUCUGCGCCUCCCAUAUUGGGCUGGUACUACUCCUUAUCAGCUUUUUUUUUUUAGCUUUUGUUGCAUCUCGAACCAUCUAUAACAUUUAUUUCCAUCCUUUAAGCCGCUACCCUGGGCCUCGACUUUGGGCCGCUUCUCGACUACCGUGGAACAUUGUCAACCUUCAGGGCAACCUCGCUUGGAAAAUCCGCGAGCUCCACGAAAAGUAUGGCUCAGUUGUCAGAAUUGCACCUGAUGAGCUGUCUUACACGAGUUCUACGGCCUGGAAAAAGAUAUAUGGUCAGAGGUCACCAGAGUUUGCGAAAUGUUUUGACGGAAGGGGGAUCGCUGGGCCUAGUGUGACUAACCCAGCGAUUCGCAAUGGCGGCAUCGUGACGGCCGAGCAGGAGCCUCACUCUCGACUUCGUAAGGCAGUUUUGCCAGCCUUCAGCGACCGUGCACUAAGAGAGCAGGAGGAUAUCCUCCAGCUUUACGCAGGGAAAUUGAUGAAACAACUACGAUUCUCUAGCGAGAACGGAGCUCCUCAGGACAUGGUCAAAUGGUUUAGCCUUGCUGCCUUUGACAUCAUUAGCGACCUGGCAUUUGGACAGGCGGCUGGGUGUCUAGACGAUGCAUCCCAACCAUGGUUGCAAGUCAUUGGUGCUCGAGCGCAGGGAAUUGUCCGAUACCAGUUCGCUAUCUACUAUGGACUUGAAGCCUGGCUAGAAUGGCUCGCCCCAAAGGCCCAAAAGCUGGCUCUGAAGAGACAUGGCGAGUUGACUGCCGGCAAAGUCAAACGCCGACUUCAACAAUCCGAUAACAAAAGAGAUUUUAUGAGUUACAUCUUAAAAAACCCACAAGCUGACUUCAGCAAUGCCGAUCUGGUCAGGAUGGCGUCAGCUUUCAUUGUCGCAGGCAGUGGCACGACAGCUACUGCACUUUCUGGCAUCACCUUCUACUUGUGUAGCAAUCCAAAGACGUACACGGCACUAUCGGAAGAGAUCAGAACCGCAUUCCAGACCGAAGAUGAGAUCUCAAUGGCAUCGACAGGGGAGUUGAAGUAUCUUAAGGCAGUCAUCGAAGAAGGGCUGAGGAUAUAUCCCCCCAGCCCAAGCGCUCUGCCGAGAUUUGUGCCUGGAAGCGGUGAGGAGAUUGAUGGGAAAUGGGUUCCUGGGGGCGUGAGUCUGAUCCGCGACGAAUUGUCCAUGAAGGUGAUAGAAGCAAGCCGCUAA